CUCUCCCUCCCCCCCUCCCAUCUCUCCCUUGCGUGUCAUCUUCGUUGAUCAACCGCACAGGUUCUAUCGUUUCAUCUCUUUUUCUUCAAGAUUUUUCCUUUCGCCGUUUUGACCCGCUACGCACUGCAAUUUCACUCUUUAAUGCGGCUUCUCGUGAAGGGCACUUGGAGAAAAUUGUGUUCUGUAAGCACCGGGAAUUCUGAAUCUAGGGUUUUUAGAGCACUGGGUGUAUACUCUGUAGUUUGUUGGGUUUAGUUUGUGUCGUGGUAAGAUACUGUCGCUAUGGUGUCCGAAUUAUCUGUUGAUUCAGUUCUGCAGUUUUGGGUAGUUUGAGUUUGAGUUCGGAUUAGGAUGGGUAAUGUCGAAAUACCCGAUUGGCUGAAAGGCUUGCCAUUGGCACCUGUGUAUAGACCUACGGACACUGAAUUUGCAGACCCUAUUGCAUAUAUAUCGAAAAUCGAAAAGGAAGCAAGUGCCAUUGGUAUUUGCAAGAUCAUUCCUCCUCAUCCUAAGCCGUCAAAGAAGUAUGUUUUUCAUAACUUGAACAAGUCUCUUUCGAAGUGCCCGGAACUGGGUUCAAAUGUCGGUGUUAUGAAAACGGGUCAAGCAGAUGGUGGAAAUGAUGGGGAGGCUAGGGCUGUAUUUACCACUAGACAACAAGAGUUAGGUCAGAGCGCCAAAAGAGCGAGAGGAGGAGAGAGCAAUAGUAACCCUCAAUCUGGUGGUGUUAAGCAAGUGUGGCAAAGUGGGGAGGUUUAUACAUUAGAGCAGUUUGAAUCUAAAUCAAAGGCUUUCUCCCGGAGCCAUUUAGGAAUGAUUAAGGAUGUAUCUCCAAUAGUUAUCGAGUCGUUGUUCUGGAAAGCAGCUUCGAAUAAACCUAUAUAUAUAGAGUAUGCAAAUGACGUCCCUGGCUCGGGUUUUGGGGAGCCAGAGGGUCAUUCACGGUAUCUCCGACAGAGGAGGAAGAAGAGACAGAGGGGUUCCUACCAAAGGAGGAGAGAAGCUGAUGUAGCAAACGAAAUUGAAAAUAAUAGGAAUGACAGUGUUUGUCAAGAACCAGCAUUUAAGGAUGAUCAAAGAUUAUGUCCUGAGACAGGAAGGACUAAUGUUGAUUCCCCAAGUUUGUCAUCUGACGAAGGUUCACAUUCCUCCAGGCAAAAGAAGAACAUUGAUUUCACUAAUGAUAUGGAAGGUAGUGCAGGCUGGAAGCUUUCAAACAGUUCAUGGAACCUUCAGAUGAUUGCACGAUCACCUGGUUCUAUCACACGCUUCAUGCCAGACGACAUCCCUGGUGUUACUUCCCCCAUGAUUUAUAUCGGUAUGUUGUUCAGCUGGUUUGCUUGGCAUGUCGAGGAUCAUGAGCUCCAUAGCUUGAAUUUUCUUCACACUGGCUCGCCAAAGACUUGGUAUGCCAUCCCCGGUGAUUAUGCAUUUGAAUUUGAAGAGAUUAUCUGCAAACAGGCUUACGGUGGACAUGUUGACCAACUAGCUGCUCUCACACAACUAGGCGAAAAGACAACUCUCAUGUCUCCUGAGAUGAUAGUUGCGUCCGGCAUUCCUUGUUGUAGGUUAAUACAGAAUCCUGGUGAAUUUGUCGUGACUUUUCCGAGGUCUUAUCAUGUAGGAUUCAGCCAUGGUUUUAACUGCGGGGAAGCUGCAAACUUUGGAACUCCGCAGUGGCUAAACAUAGCGAAGGAAGCUGCUGUGCGUCGCGCUGCUAUGAAUUACCUCCCCAUGUUGUCCCAUCAGCAGCUGCUCUAUCUCUUGACCAUGUCCUUUGUUUCAAGAGUGCCACGAUCACUGUUGCCAGGUGCUCGUAGUUCUCGUCUCAGAGAUCGCCAAAGAGAGGAGAGAGAGUUCCUUGUGAAAAAGGCUUUUGUAGAAGACAUGUUGAAUGAAAACAAGAUUUUAUCUGUUCUUAUUCUAGACCCAGGUUAUCGAUUGGUGUCCUGGGACCCUGAUUUACUUCCACGGCAAAAUGCAGAGUCUCUUGCAACUGCUGCUUUAACUACUGUCACUACUACCAUUUUAUCGUCAGCCGUGUCAGAAGGCGGAUUUGAGGGUCAUUCUGAAACACAGACUAAUGACAAGAAGACUACUCUAUUGGAGGAAUUGAGCUUGUUCAUGGAGAAGCUGAGUGAUGUAUAUGACAAUGAUGAUGAUGACGAUCUUCUAAAUGAUUUCCAAGUUGACUCUGGAACAUUGCCAUGUGUAGCUUGUGGCACUCUCGGCUUCCCCUUUAUGGCUGUGGUACAACCAUCUGAAAAAACAUUAAAAGAUUUGGCUGAGGGAUCAGACCUAGAUGCUCAGGAAAUACUGAUACCAGCCCCAUCAAGGUUUGAGUGUGGAUGGAAUACUUCCUGUAGAUAUUCAAGGCCUCGCAUUUUCUGCCUGGAACAUGCUGUCGAAGUUCAGAAGUUAGUGCGCUUAAGGGGCGGAGUGAAAGUCCUUGUAAUUUGCCAUAAAGACUUUCUGAAAAUCAGGGCACAUGCUACCGUAGUUGCAGAGGAGGUCAAUGUCUCUUUUAACUAUAAUGACGUUCCGCUAGAGACUGCAUCCCGAGAAGAUUUGGGUUUAAUUGAUCUUGCAAUCGAAGACGAGGAAAACAAUGAACAUGGAGAAGAUUGGACCUCAAAACUUGGCAUUAACCUACGGUACUGUGUUAAGGUUAGGAAGAAUUCCCCUUCUAAGAAAAUUCAUCAUGCUCUGUCUUUGGGCGGAUUGUUCUCCAGUACAAGGGAUAGCCAGGAUUUGUCAAGCAUCAAAUGGAUGCAGAGAAGAUCGCGAUCAAAAGCUAAGCCCAGUUGUACCUCCGAUAACACACCUUGUGAACAGCUUGAAGUUAAAGUAGAUGGAAGUUUCCGGGAGAAUUUGGAUUCUACUGUGAGAAGAAAAGAAGAAAAGAUUAUCCAGUAUUCGAGAAGGAAAAAGUUGAAACCCAAACAAGAUCCGGAAGUAGAUUCUGCAGUUAAAUCUAAAGAUCUUGGUAGCACAUCUGAUAAACUUGAUGAUAGCUCGCAAAGGCAAGCAUUGGCAAGUGCAAAUGGUACACCUUUUAUUCUAUCACAUAGGCAAGAACGUGCGGAAAAAGAUCCCAAGGUCACUGAUGAGUCUUGUUCUGCUUCUGGGGGGAAUAUCACAAGUAAUUCUAGCAUGGUCAAUGAGGUCUCUGAUCUCUCAACUGCUAUAAAUAGUGUGCAGCAAGUUUAUUCCUCGACCAGCAUUAACGACGGGACCGUAGAAGAUUUGAAGGAAGAGUUUGGAGUGAGAAAUAGAGAGAAUGAAGAACUGCAGUCACAGCCAAUGGAACCUACCGAUGAGGAAGCCAUCCCUGGUGCUUGCACAGAGAUGGAGGGAGACUGGGCUGUUUGCUCAUUGAAGGGUUCAUCCCCAACUCCUGGACUGGGCUGUAAUGGAGAAGAUUCGCCUGCUCGAGUGGGAUUAGAAGUUCCAGAAGGAAAUAAUGCCAGUCAGAAAUCAAAUGUUGAAAGGGUUAAAGAUGACGAAUCUCUGCCACAUAACCACGCUAUAAGAAAUGAUGAUCGAGCUCCUUUGAAUGGCUCGAAAACUUCAGAAGAUGAGCUUUGCACAGAGAAUUUACCUAAUGUCAGUGAAGUUGCAUGCCCAGAGAACACCGAGGUCAUCGAUACAUCUAAGAGUGACUCGGUUAAGGAAGGUAAGAAGCGGAAAAUUGAACCAGAGGCUGAGAUGAAGAACAAUCCAGAGACGAGCUCUAGCUUUAUAAGGAGCCCAUGUGAAGGGCUGAGGCCAAGGGUAAGGGGAGAAUCAACAAGUGGAACUCCAGCUAACAUAGGUGAAAUGACCCGUAAAGAGAAACCCACAUCAAAAAAGGUGAAGAAAACUUCAAACACUGACUCGGGUCGUGGCCAAGAUAACAAAGAAGCCGUGACCAGCCACCACCAUGGGUGUAACCUAGAAGGAUGCAAGAUGAGUUUUGAGAGGAAGGCGGAUCUACAAAUGCACAGGAGGAACCGUUGCACUCACGAAGGCUGCGGUAAGAAAUUCCGGGCUCACAAAUACUUGUUGCUUCACCAGCGUGUGCAUAAUGACGAUAGACCAUUCAAGUGCCAAUGGAAAGGAUGCUUGAUGACGUUCAAAUGGCAAUGGGCGAGGACCGAGCAUUUGCGUCUGCACACAGGAGAGCGUCCGUACAAAUGCAAGGUCGAGGGUUGUGGACUUUCGUUCAGGUUCGUCUCAGAUUACAGCCGCCAUAGAAGGAAAACCGGACAUUAUGUGAACUGAACUGAACUGUAUCAGAAACAGGGGUUGGAGAGGUGAAACUGGUUCUGUUGUUCAAAAGAAGAACCCUGCAGGAUCUCGUAGUUCUGAUUGUCUUUGUAGAUGUGACUUCGAGACAUGUUUUUUCUUUCUUUUCUCUUCAUGUUCGUUGUUUCAGUUUGUGGACGCUGCUCCACAGAACCAAUCACCAUUGCCAUAAAUUGUUCAUACGCACAAAAUUGCCUCUUUAUUUACAUAUAUUGGCAUAA